AUGAGUCCACGAAGCUCAUAUAGCCACCUGGAAAUUGCCUGUUUCAACUACGAAUCGGCGUUGGCUGCUGCGGAUGGCGGCGCAGAUCGCAUCGAACUAUGCAAAGAUUACAAUUCUGGUGGCCUGUCACCUAACACUACAACCCUCGAAAAAAUCAAGUCUCAAAUAAAAAUUCCCGUUUACGCGAUGAUUCGGCCACACGCGGAAGAUUUCUUUUAUAAAGAAUCCGAGUUUGCGAUAAUGAAGAUAACACUGGAUAAUUUAAAAGUCCACGGAGCUGACGGAUUCGUCUUCGGGAUUUUGAACCGAUUUCCUCACAACGCUUGCGAUGGAGCGGAACAUUGGAUUGAUGUGUCCAGAAAUAAAGAGCUUGUACGAUUAGCUGAAGGUCGCCCUUGCACAUUUCAUCGCGCGUUUGAUGUUAUCCCCGAACUUCACUGGCCGACCGCUUUGGCGGACAUCAUAGAUUGUGGGUUUGCAUCGAUCCUAACGAAUGGAGGCCCAUCGGGAAUCAAAGCAGCUGAGUGCGCUGAUAAGUUAGCAAAUCUGGUGGCCUGGAAUUAUCCAAAGGGGAAAGGCAGCGCCCAACAACACAACCGUGCUCCAGAAAUUAUUGUUGGUGGUGGAGUGAGAUCGUCGAAUAUCCACAUGCUUCAUAGGGUGACAGGUGCUUCGGCGUUUCACUCUGCCGCCCUUUUGGGCUCGAACGAAUUCGUCUCUAAGGAUGAGGUGCAAAAGAUGAAAGCCGUAAUAACACCGGGCGGAAGCUCAUUGAAAGGAGAAUCCAUAGACAGAUAG